UAUAUAUCAAUAUUUUUUUUUAUUAAUGAAAUUUUUGGUAUAAAAGAUUAUCCUGGUGCAUAUAAAACGGUUGAUAAAGCUUAUUUAAUUUUAUAUCAUAUGAUAUCUGUUGAUUAUAUAGCAUUUGAUGGUGGUUAUUAUUAUUCAAUUGAUAAAUUUAUUGAAUAUAAUAAAACUAAUAAAAAAUUUAAAAGAGAAAAUUUUAUAUAUCCAUAUAGAAAAAUUAAUAAAGAACAAUUAUCAGAAUAUAAAAAAUUAUUUAAUGAAAAAUUUGCUUCUUUUAGAUCAACUAUUGAAACACAAUAUGCAGAAGUAGGUAAUAUAUUUAAAAAGUUUAGUAAUAGUAAUGCUGCUACUAAAACAUCUAAUAUAAAAUAUUAUAAUUUACAGUUUAAAAUAUGUGUUUUAUUAAGAAAUAUAAGACAUUAUGUUAAUAAAUUUGAUAUAGAAACAUUAGAACAUCAUACAAGAUGGUUUAGUGAUGAUUUUGAUUUAAAAUAUAAUAAU